GGCUAAGGUAUCAAGGAAUAUCAAUUCCUGUCCUCCUCAUCUAACCAUCUGUGCCCAAGAGGCCCCCAUGAGAUAUGUGUGGAGAGGCAGCAGAGCUAGGAAAGGUGUAUUUUCUUGCAAAGGCUAUGGUCUCUUGCCCCAUUUAUGGAGGCCUGGAGAGAGGGUUUCAAUUGCUUUGGGAAUUCAAACCUUUCCUGACUAGGUCUGGAUAGCUUGAAUUGAAGCAGCCCUCGUUUAGGCCUAUUCUGUCUCUUUCCACUAAUCCAAACCUGGAAUCUCAGCUCCUGACAACUCCAGUGGGAGAAGCGGCCAUGCCCACCAACACAGAAGAAAAGGCACUAAGGAGGCAUGCAGAGAGAGAAAGGUGUGCUUCUGGGUCUAGAGUCGAGUGGGCUUGAGUGAGUUGCUCGGACUGAGCCACUGAGGAGGAUGAAAGAGCACAUCCCUCUAGAAGGUGUGUCUCUAGACCUGUGGCGGAAGAGGAAGAAAAGAAGAAGGGAUGGAGGAGGAGGAAGAAAUGGGGAGGUGGCCUCUUCCAAGAUCCUAGUGCUCUUGUUAACACUUGGGGCACAUGGAAAGAAAAGAUACCUGGAGACAGAGGUGACUGGACUGUUAUCCCAGUUUCUUGCCACAUGGACAAGAAAGUCCAAAAGUACAGUGAGAAGAAGAGUGCUGGCCAGGCUCCUUCCCGCGUGCGGGAGCAGACUCGGCUUACUAGCAUUACCUUAAAGCCGGGCCCCUGGCAUCCCAUUGCUUCUCCUCUGUGGGUGGGGAAGAGGAACCUUCUUCACUGCCCUAACAGGUGUCUGAUCCUCAGCCUGUCCAUAAAGUCCCGUCAUCUUUCCCCCAAACUUGUCCUUACUCCUUCCCAUCUUAAUUAGUGGUUCCCCAAGUCAGAAACCUAAAUGUCAUCCCAGCUUCUUCUCUUUUAUCCUCAGUCAUCUCUAGUUAGAAUUUGUUGAUUCUGAUGUUAUGUGGGGUGGGGCCCACUGCCCUAAGCAGCUGUCUGCACCCUUACAGGGGCACCUCCGGCCAACCCAACCACCAGUCCACCCUCCAUAUGAAGCUCUUUAAAUAAGCUUUAUUUCCGGAUUUUAUAAAAGUAAUACCUGCUUAUUAUAUCAAAUUUGAAAACUAUAGAAAAGUACAAUGCAGAAUAUUUUAAAAAUAAUAUCUAACCACACAACGCUUUUGUACAUUUUUUAAACUCUUUCUAUCAUAGAGUAUUUUUCUAGGGGGUAAGGGUAGAGAGAGUGAGUCUUUUUUAUUUUUGCAAAAUGAGAUCAUUUUUAUGUAUAGUUUGGUAUCUGGCUUUUCUUACCUGACAUCUUGUGAGAAUUGUAUCAUAUUUAAAGAUUUUGAAGCCUCGUUUUAAUGGUUACGUAUUUUAAACCUCAAUCAAAAUUUAAUAAUUCUGCCACUUGUAGAAAUCGUGUUCAUUCAAGGUUUUCACAAGGAUGAGAUGAUGUAUAACUCUGACUCUUUUCCUAAAAUUUCCUGAAAGUGAAAUUACUUAGCACAAGGGUAUUACUUUUUUAAGGCUCCUAAUUUUGUAUAUAAUGACAAUUUGCCAGAAACGUGAGGAAUACCCUUCUCACUGUGCUUCUGCUAACAGAAAGCCUUAUUAACUAUUAUUCCUUUCUUAAGACUUCUCCUAAUUUGAAAAGCUGACAAGUGAUAUAUUGUAAUUGCUUGUGUCACGCCUUGCAAAGCAGCUGGCACUUGGGGUCAUAUAGAAGGCCUCAGCAAAUGUUAGCUGUCACGAAGCGUCAGGCACAGAAGAUCAUGCCAGCUCACUGGCACAGAGUCCAAGUGAUUCUGCUCUAGAUUGUGUCCAGAUUCUUGCACUGAGAAUAAGUUCUGGCCAGCCUGAGACUGGCCACCAGAUAUCCUCCACAGCCUCAUGAACCCUGGGAUGAUCUGUGUAGUGGCGCUCAAUCCCCCAGGGGUACCGGAGACCAAAAGGCCAUUUUUGACCUGGAAAACUCACAGAAAGAUCCUUGAAAAUUGAUCCAGCGGUGAUCUGCAUUUCUUUCCAACCCCUAGAAAUCUGAUCUGGGCAGUAGAGGAAGACUCAUCAUGCUUAUUUGUCAUUAAGAUUAAUAUUUUGAAAGGUUAAAAGGUAAAUAUCACUUUGCCAACACUUUUGGAAAACCGAAUCGAAAGUAACAUUUUUCUCAGCCUCAUAUAAACCAGAUGUUCUUCCUUUCUUUGACGUCUCUCAUACCCAGCAAACAUAACAGGGUCUUGAAGUGAAAUGCCAUUGUUCUAAAUAUAAUGAACCUCUCUCUGGUAAAGCCUCCUUUUCAUCUUUCCUUUGAGAUUCAAACUGAUGUUAGCGAGCACACUCAAAGUUUUAAAAUGGAGAUUUCCCUUCUGAGAAGAUGCAGGGAAAAAAAAAUCUGAGAAGGCAGGGCUAGAAAAAAGCUAGCUCAGGCAGCCUGAGGACAGUUGGGAAGAAAAGUUCAAGAUGAAGAAGGGGGAAAAAGAAAAAAACGCGCAACAAUGAGGUUUUGUUGUGCUGUUAGGAAACCACCACUGUUUCAAAGGUGAAAGUGUCGUUUUACAGCCUCACAGCUAUGCCUAACAGGAAGUGUGUGUUUGCUCGAAAUCCUAAUUUGGGUAUGUUCCUGUAGAAAUAUUGAACGCUCUCCUGAGGGAAACAGAAACUCAAUCAUGCAGGAAACUAGAUCCUGCAUAAGCAGUUGUAGCUCCGCGAGGCUGUAACAGUGCUGUAAGGCAGCCAGGCGAAGACCUGUUCCUCUUCAGAGAGCGAGCAGGCAGCUCCCACCCCUUCACCAUGCGAAUCCGAGGACUGCCUCCGGACACUCAGAUUUUCUAUUGUGCCAGACCGGACCAAGAGCCUUUCGUGAAGAUCAUCACAGUCGAGGAGGCAAAACGCCGGAAGAGCACGUGCAGCUACUACGAAGACGAGGACGAGGCCGCCCUGCCGAUCCUGCAGCCCCACAGCUCGCUUCUGGAGAACAUGCACAUUGAGCAGCUGGCCCGACGCCUUCCCGCAAGGGCGCAGGGGUAUCCAUGGAGACUGGCGUACAGCACGCUAGAGCAUGGAACCAGCUUGAAAACUCUCUACCGGAAGUCAGCAGCCCUAGACAGUCCUGUCCUGUUGGUCAUCAAAGACAUGGAUAAUCAGAUCUUUGGAGCAUAUGCGACUCAUCCUUUCAAAUUCAGUGAUCACUAUUAUGGCACAGGCGAAACUUUUCUCUACACAUUUAGCCCUCAUUUCAAGGUCUUUAAGUGGAGUGGAGAAAACUCAUACUUUAUCAAUGGAGACAUAAGUUCUUUGGAACUUGGUGGUGGAGGGGGACGAUUUGGCUUAUGGUUAGAUGCCGAUUUAUACCAUGGACGAAGCAACUCCUGCAGCACUUUUAAUAAUGAUAUUCUUUCCAAAAAGGAAGACUUCAUAGUUCAAGACCUUGAGGUAUGGACAUUCGAGUGAAAUUUAGACUGCCUUAAAAUAGAACAUUUAAAAAGGCUGGGUUCGGUCAGCCCUGCUAAAGCUAGCUGGAAGACGAAGCCCCAGCCCAGACUGCCUCAUCCCAUCAUAGUGCUUUCUUUCUGCCAUCAUCUCAGAGCGCACUUACAUUGCAGAGAGAUUCUGAAAGGUACAUGUGGAAGGCAGACGAUGAAGAAAGAAUUUGAAGUUCAGAUCGUUGAAAGACUUUAUCCUCUCACUUCCUUCAAACCCAUAGAGUGAGGAGUCAGAAUAUUUAUAGAUGUGAGUUGAAUGCAAUUUUUAUUUUUGGUAACUGUGAAAAAGAAAAUACUGUAGAAGUAUAUACAUUCCUUGUAUAUUUAUCAACAUAAUUUUCAUUACCAAAAUGUACAGCAUACUAUUGUUUGCCAUUGAAAAGUUUAGUCUCAUUUAGAAAAAUUGAAAGUGCACAGCACUUAAAGGGAAUAUAUGAUUUUUUAAAACUGUUUUAUUUAUUAUUUCUAGUAUAUUGUUUGAAAUGUGUUGGCAAUUUUUUUCUUUUAAUGUGUCAAAUCUUGAAGUAAAGAAAUGUAUACGUUUUGUGCUGUUUUGGCAACAAAUCCAUUUGAUUUAUAUAGUUUUAUAUUAAAUUUUUUUUGCCCUGAUUGUUUAGGGUGAUCUGUAUAUGUAUGUGCUGCUUAAUGUCCAUAUAUAUAUACACACACAUAUAUAUACCCACAGACAAUUCUGAAUUUUUAAAAACUCAUUAUCAAUGUUUAUUGAUUUGCCUGUUGUAGGCCAUCUUCCAAUUUUGCCAUUGAAAAGGUACAUUUUUAGUUAUUUACUCUGAACAUAAUUGUGUAAAGAAGAAUAAGCCAUUUCUCACAGUCAUAAGUUAAUAUUUACAGUAAUGUAUACCUUUAUGAUCCUGGAUUUAGAACCCUGCUUUUGAAAAGAAAUGUUUUGCUUCUUAUAAAAUCUCAUGUGUUAGUAACAAAAAUUGUAUUUUUAUUGGAUUUUUUUGCAUAAUCUUCCCCAAGUUUUUACAUUGACAGGCCUCUGUUUUAAAUGAGAUUGAAUGUUUUAAUUUCUGUAUAUUUUAUAUCAAAUGAAAAAUGUCAGUGAUCCCAAUUGUCUUGGUUUCUACACUUUCAAUUGAAAAAAAUUCAGUGCAAAGAAAUGCAUUUAUACCACAAUUGGAAUAAAAAGUAAAGAGCAGUUUUUAAAUAUCAACUCACUUUCACAUCAUUAAACACUCUUUUAUGAAAGUUAAUAAUAAAACCUUGUUAAAAUGUUAACAAAUAUUAUUGUCAAACUUUUACAAAGCCAAAGACUGCUAAUGGAAAAAAAAGUCAAGUAAUAGCCAAAGCUGAGAAAGUUGUCUGUCAUAAAUUACAUUUCCAGUGAUCUUUGAAAGGAAAAAUUAAUAGAAAGUAGUAGUUUAUAGACCUGCAUUUUAAAAAUGUAAACAGUGCUUAGAAUGUUGGCUUUAAGCUGGCAGAAUACUUCCUUUAGCUUAUUCUCUUACUUUAGGCUAUUUAUAAAAGAGAACAGACAAAUUGCCAUGUGGCCUCCUGUCAGAUCAACAAUUAUUUUACUACACUCACAUUCCAUACAAGUUUCUUUGAAUGCUAUAAAAUCUUAAAUCUGUAGCCUGGGUGUACUUUCACCCAAGUUCUAUUGCGAACUCUUCAUUAACAACUUACUGGCAGUUGAACCUUAUUAAUCUGCUUGUUACAUAAUGUGCCUGUGUAAGAUUCCAGGAAUGUCUCAGUAUGAUCACGUUUACCAUUUAUGCCAUUUGCAACCAUAUGCUAUUAACAAAAUGGUCAUUUUGCAUAUAGUUCACUCUUAUCUACUUUAGUCCAUGAUAUUAUACUUGUGAGAGCACAUUCAGAUGCUGUGUUCUCUAUUUAAAACAGUAUUGUCCAAUCAGACAUGUGUGGCCCUUCAUUUAUGGAUAUUGAGUGUAUGUAAUGCAGUGCUAGCCCAAUAUUUUCAAUAAAGGAAUUCAUGCAUUCAAUGUGA